CGUUGAGAAUAGUGAAAGGUGACAAACGGGUAGCCAACCUAGCGAGGGGACGGAUAGAUAGAUAGAUAAGUGAGGGUGAGGGAGAGGGAGAGUCGACUGGGGAUGGUGAUUUUCUUAGAGCGUGAAAGUGGAAAACUGAAAAGGAACAAUUUGCUUCCCCACGCAACUCGCAAGCCACCCCAUCUCAACUCAAAUUAAAACGGACACAACACAAACACAAACGCACGGUUGCUCACUGCCUCUUCCACUACAUUCCUUUCUUUCCUUCCUUUUAGAGUAUUAUUGUUAUUGUUGAAUCAAUGCUGGAUCUUCUCCACUCCUGCUAAUUACAUACUCUGUUCUGUUUUGGCGGAGGCUGAUUCCCUCCUUUUCACCUUUCAAAAGCAAAAUCCGCCUCCUCUUUUCUCUGUUGUGUCCCUUUUUAUUUUUUCCUUUCUAGUAAUAUAGUUGUUAUUAUUAUUAUUUGAUUUGAUUUCUGUAAUUGAGAGAUCUGUUUGUUAGAAUAUCAAAUCUUAAUCUAGAAAUUAAAAAAAAAAGUGAUAAAAAUAAUGGAGAGCGAGAACAAGAAGUCGGCGGUGUCGGAUGUGGGAGCCUGGGCAAUGAACGUCAUCAGUUCCGUUGGUAUUAUCAUGGCCAAUAAGCAGCUCAUGUCCUCCAGCGGUUAUGCUUUCAGUUUUGCCACAACCCUAACCGGCUUCCACUUUGCUGUAACGGCUCUUGUCGGCCUCGUUUCAAAUGCUACUGGUCUCUCUGUAUCAAAGCACGUCCCUAUGUGGGAGCUCUUCUGGUUCUCAAUUGUUGCCAAUGUCUCCAUCACUGGCAUGAACCUGAGUCUCAUGCUUAACUCUGUCGGAUUCUACCAAAUUUCUAAGCUCAGUAUGAUCCCAGUGGUUUGCAUAAUGGAGUGGAUCAUUCACAGUAAACAAUACUCCAAGGAAGUCAAGUUAUCUGUUCUCGUUGUCGUCAUAGGUGUUGGUGUUUGCACUGUCACUGAUGUCAAGGUUAAUGCCAAAGGUUUUAUAUGCGCCUGUUUAGCUGUUUUGUCCACCUCUUUGCAACAGAUUACUAUCGGUUCCUUGCAGAAGAAGUACUCAAUUGGAUCUUUCGAGUUGCUGAGUAGAACAGCGCCAAUUCAAGCCCUCUCUCUCCUUAUUCUUGGUCCAUUCAUUGAUUACUACCUUAAUGGCAAAUUCAUUACACACUAUAAGAUAUCUUCUGGUGCCAUUUUGUUUAUAAUUCUUUCAUGCUCCCUUGCUGUGUUCUGCAAUGUGAGCCAAUACCUCUGCAUUGGAAGGUUCUCAGCUACUUCUUUCCAGGUUUUAGGUCACAUGAAAACAAUUUGCGUUCUCACACUGGGGUGGCUUCUUUUUGACUCUGAGCUGACUUUCAAGAACAUAAUGGGGAUGGUUAUUGCAGUUGUUGGUAUGGUAGUUUAUAGUUGGGCGGUGGAGGCUGGAAAGAGUUCAAAUGCCAAGACUGUUCCCCAUACAAAGAACAGUUUGACAGAAGAGGAAAUCAGACUUCUGAAGGAGGGUGUGGAAAGCAUGCCUCUGAAGGAUCUUGAACUUUCAGUGUCUAAGGGGUAGGCAUGCUUGCACUUGGCUGGGAAUAUAGGUAUUUUUAUUUGUUUCGCUUCAGCAUGGCUGGCAUCUUUGCCUCAUUUAUGGCAUUGCAAGACCGGUCUCCGUCAGCUGACCACCCUCACACAGUCUUAGAAAUCGUGUUCUAUUUAUGUAAACCAUUUGUUCUUUUAUUAAUUAUUGCUUAUCUUUUAAAUUAUUAUUUUUUUUAAUGUGGAAAGAGAUUAGCAACGGAACAGUGAUAUGAUAAAGAAACUGUAAACUCCAUAAAUUGGAAGAAAAAAAAGCUCUUAGUAAGCUUAUAGAA